GGGAGGCUUUCUUGGUACCAUCAAGAGGAAAUUUUGGACCGAAGUCUAUAAUCUCUUCAGAUCCGAAACCACAACAGCACAUAAUAUUAAUUUGGUCCCAAGAACCAGUAGAAGAACAACAUAUCCAUCCAAUAACGAUUUGUGUGUUAUAAACCAAUAUGACUGAGACACUUGUGUCGUUUGGAGUACAAAAGCUUUGGGACCUACUGAGCCAAGAAUACGAGCAAAUUCACGGAGUUGAUGAUCAAGUAACUAGACUAAAAAGUAAACUGAACCUAUUAAAAUCUUUUUUGAAAGAUGCAGAUGCCAAGAGACAUACAAGUGCAAUGGUGAGAAAUUGUGUUGAAGAGAUCAAAGAAAUUAUUUAUGAUGCAGAGGACAUAGUUGAAACCUUUCUUCAAAAGGAUAAACUCGGAAAGACAAUUGGCAUCAAGAAUCGUAUCAGAAGACUUGCUUGCAUUAUUCCAAAACGCAGGAAAUUUGCUUCAGAUAUGGGAGGCAUAAGUAAAAAGAUCUUCGAAAUAAUAUGUGAUAUGCAAAGAUUUGGAGUACAACAGAUUAUUGCCGAUGGCAGGGAAUCACAACCUCUACAAGGAACACUAAAGGACAUGCGACAAGAAUUUGCUAGGGAGUAUCAAAGCAAUCUUGUGGGGCUAGUAGCAAAUGUUGAUAAGGUUGUCGGCUAUUUGGUGGAGGAAAAUGAUGUUCAAAUUGUUUCCAUAACCGGGAUGGGUGGUCUUGGGAAAACAACCCUUGCUAGACAAGCUUUUAAUCAUGAGAUGGUCAAAAACAAGUUUGAUAGACUCGCAUGGGUGUGUGUCUCACAGGUUUUUACGCGGAAGAAUGUGUGGCAAACGAUCUUGCAGAAUCUCACACAGAGAGAAAAGAAAGAUGGAAUCCAACAGAUGACAGAAGCUACACUCCAGGAAGAGCUUUUUCGAUUAUUGGAGACAUCUAAAUCAUUAAUUGUCUUUGAUGACAUAUGGAAAGAAGAACACUGGGACCUACUGAAGCCAAUAUUUCCACCGAGAAAAGGUUGGAAGAUACUACUUACUUCUCGAAACGAGAUUGUCACCACGUGUAGAAAUACUAUCAACUUUAAACCAGAAUGCCUAACCACUGAAGACAGUUGGAAACUUUUUCAAAUGAUUGCAUUUUCUAGAAAUGAUGCAUCCAAAUUUAUGGUUGAUGAGGAAAUGCAAAAGAUGGGUAAGCAAAUGAUAGAUCAUUGUGGGGGAUUGCCUUUGGCUAUUAUAGUGUUAGGAGGCUUGUUGGCUGCAAAAUACACACUACACGAUUGGAUACAAGUCUACGAGAAUAUUGGAUCUCAUCUCUUGGGGGGAAGAACUGAGUUCAAUGGUGACAACAACAGUUUAAUUUACCAUGUAUUGUCACUGAGCUUUGAAGAGCUGCCUAGUCAUUUAAAGCAUUGCUUCCUCUACUUGGCUCAUUUUCCAGAAGAUUAUGAAAUAAGUGUGCAUGAACUCUCCUAUUAUUGGGCUGCAGAAGGAAUACGCAGGUAUCACGAUAGAGAGACCAUUCGAGAUGUUGGAGAAGUGUAUAUAGAGGAGUUGGUGAGGAGAAAUAUGGUUAUAUCCCAAAAAGACGUGAAAACUCUGAGAUUUGAAACUUGUCAUUUGCAUGACAUGAUGAGAGAAAUUUGUUUGUCUAAAGCAAAAGAAGAGAACUUCCUACAAAUAGUCGGUAUCUGCUCCCAGACCCCACGCUCUUGUAGUACAUCUCGCAGAUUUGUGUCACAGCAUCCGACUACAUUAGAUGUUGAGAGAGAGAUAAAUAAUUCAAAGGUUCGAUCUCUCGUUGUUGUCUGCAAGGAUAAAUAUAGCGAAUGGAAGCCAUCAAGUUUAAGCUUUACGAGGUUACAAGUGCUGAGGGUAUUAAAUCUCACUGCAGCCAUAUUUGAAGGAGGGAAGUUACCUUAUAGCAUUGGAAAGCUCAUCCAUUUAAGAUAUCUGAACUUACGACGUUCAAAUGUAUCUCAUCUACCAUCUUCUCUACAAAAUCUGAAGCUGCUGCUCUAUUUGAAUCUAUGUUUAAGCUGGUCUCCAGACUCAGUUUAUGUGCCCAAUGUCUUAAAAGAGAUGCGGGAGUUGAGAUACCUUGAAUUACCAUGGGGUAUGCAUAAGAAGACAAAGUUGGAAUUGAGAAAUCUAGAGAAAUUGGAGACCUUGAAGAAUUUCUCAACAGAGAAUAGCAGUGUAGAGGAUCUACGUGGUAUGUCCAGGUUGAGGACUCUCAGAAUGGAAUUAACUGAGAGGCAAAGUAUAGAAGCUCUGUCGUCAUCAAUAGGUGGACUGAGACACCUGGAAGAUCUUGUUAUAAAAUAUUAUAGGAGAUUUGACAAGAGGAAGAUAGAAAAGGGAUUUGUUUUGGAGGCCGUUCGUCUCAAACAGCUGUCUUUGAAGAUAUAUAUGCCAAGCUUACCUAAACCCUUGCCUUCUCACCUUACAACCAUAUCUCUUAAGGAUUGUUGUUUGGAAGAGGAUCCAAUGCUGAUUCUAGAAAAGUUACCCCAAUUGAAAGAGGUUGUAUUAAGUGUGAAUGCUUUCAGUGGGAGGAGAAUGGUUUGCUCGGCCGGUGGGUUUCCUCAAUUGCAGAAGCUUGUGUUUGAUGGAUUAGAAGAGUGGGAAGAGUGGAUAGUAGAAGAAGGCUCCAUGCCCCUUCUUCAUACUUUGGAGAUUGCUCACUGUAAGAAGUUAAAAGAGUGGAUAGUAGAAGAAGGCUCCAUGCCCCUUCUUCAUUCUUUAAAGAUUAGGGAUUGUUGUUUGGAAGAGGAUCCGAUGCCGAUUCUAGAAAAGUUACCCCAAUUGAAAGAGGUUGAAUUAAGUGUGAAUGCUUUCAGUGGGAGGAGAAUGGUUUGCUCGGCCGGUGGGUUUCCUCAAUUGCAGAAGCUUGUGUUUGCUGGAUUAGAAGAGUGGGAAGAGUGGAUAGUAGAAGAAGGCUCCAUGCCCCUUCUUCAUACUUUGCAGAUAUUUAUUUGUAAGAAGUUAAAAGAGGUUCCUGAUGGGUUACGAUUCAUCACUUCCUUAAAGAAUCUGACUAGUUAUGGAAUGGGAGCCAGAUGGAAGAAGAGACUGUUGGAAGGAGGAGAAGAUUAUUACAAAGUCCAACACAUCCCUUCUGUUACAUUCGGAGACGAAUGAUUGAGAAUGAGGCUUUCAGAAUUACAGUACAGACUACGUACCAGACGAAUCUCUUCCCAGGCGAAUCACUCUUAUCAAACUAGUCAUCUGCCUUUUGCAAUUGUUGUUUUCUCAGUUUAUAUAAUCAGACUAAACAAUUUCUAUUAUUUAUGUUUGCUGGUUUGACUGAUCAUUCGAUCUCAACCUUUUAUCACUCUCUUCACUCAUUCUUAAUGACUGUUGUGUCGGAUCGUGCACUGAUUAUUAUUGUGGUUUUUUUUUAUAUUAUUAUUCAACAUUGGAUUUAUGUUUGCUUGUUUGAUUAAUGAGUAAUGAUGAUCAUUAAUUUGGGCGAUGCAAGCUACAUGGGGACUAGGUUAUCGACAAGUAGAAUUUGAAGGAGAUAAUUUGAUUCUGAAUAAUAUUCUCCAUGGUAAAGGGCAGAAUUGGCGAGUUCAACAUUACAUUGAUACAAUCCAGAAUGGAAGGGCAUGUUCACCGACGUUGUGUUUCAGUUCAGGCAUCGAGAAGCUAACUUUUGUGCGGAUAUAUUAGCUAAGAAAGCUGUUUCUUCGGAUUUACCAUGGUCUCUGUACCAUUCUUGUCCUUUAUUCCUGCAACCUUAUGUAAACAAUGAUAUGGUUUUUUGAUUUCUAAUAAAGGAUCUUUAGUCGGAAAAAAAAAAAAAAA